GGGGACCAUAGUGGCGGUACAUGCAAAGUCGACAACACAAACUACAGCUACUCUUUUGAAACAUGUCGUGUGUAAACAGUUACUUUAUCUCCUGGAUUUUAGGACUGCUUAUUUUUGAUGUUCAGUUUAUACAUGGUUUGAAUGUAUGUCGGGGAGAUCAAAUCAGCAAUGUCAGUUUACCUACUGAGCUUCAGUCUGAAGUCCUGCUGCCCUGCUUCUUUGAAUCAGACUUCUUGAAUUCAAACCAGACAAAUGAAUCUUGUGUGGUGUGGACUCACCUCAAUUCAACAAAAAGAGAAAUUGUGGAGAUCAGUCUGGAUGGUGACACUAAAUUCUGGAAUAACCGACGUGGACGGAUUAAGGCAUUCCCAAAAUUACUAGAGUCUGAACUGCUGUACUUCUCCAUCCAGAUCCGUAAUGUGCAGCAGUCUGAUUUAGGUGUCUACCACUGCUCUCUGUUCAGAGAGAACUGUCUCCUGGCCUAUAAGAGGAUUGAACUUCACAACGAACCAGCUGUUACUCCAGAGGAUUCUCUGACUUGGCUGAUCCCAACUGGAGCAGCAGGAGGAGCAGCACUGCUAGUAGUGCUACUUGUGCUUCUUGUUGUUGCAUGCAAAUUCUUCAAACGUCAAGAAAAUAACAUCAUGGAGCCUGUCUAUGAGAACACCUCCCAAACAAAGUACACCAACAGAGAAAAGUUCACUAAUGAAAACCGAAUGACAAUCAGCAAUCCAAUCUAUAAUUAAAAUUCACAUGUACAGUAAUGUGGAACAUCAA